AUUGUUAUCAGUUGUAUCGACGAAAUGGCUUGUAUAGAAUGUUACCAGAGGUGUUGGGUGUGAAUUAUCAAUGUACUGCCAUACAGUAAGGAAAUUGAAAGUUAGAUAUGCUCUUUUAGGGAUCUUAUUACUGGUUCUUAUCAAUUUGUGCCUUUUUUAUAAUAUUUCCUCAGAGGUGAAACACACUGUUGUUCAUCAAACUGAAAGUUCCCCAACACCGAAAGAUGUUAUCUCAUAUGCAAACACCACCUUCUUGGCUGCCAAAAAGAUUGAAGAAGCCCUUCAUGGUGCUUCCAGCUUCUUUAGCAAUUACGACACUUCCAACUAUGAACAUAAUUUACGAUUAUUAGAAAUUACCAGCUCACAUUCAAAUAUUACUUAUCUUUGGGAAGUGGCUGCAAAGUGGAUAACAAAAGAUCAGAUAACUCCACCCUACUCACCUCUGUUAUCGGCAAUAUUCAAUGUUUUAGAAAAUUGUAAAAUAAUUGGAGCUGAUGUUACCAACAAAGGUACACAAUUGAAGGUACUUUUAACCCUAGAGGGGAACCAGAAAGCCUUAUUCAAGCCAAGAUGGUAUGCCAGAAAUCAAGUAAUCGAAGGGAGUGUUUAUGCUGGUAAAGAUAGACAUAAUGGAGAGGUUGCUGCUUUUCAUAUCGCAAGACUGCUCGGACUGAAUAGAGCGCCUAUAGUUACUGGGAGGGUUGUUAAUUUGAGGACAGAAAUAUUACCAGUAUCCAGUCUAGCUCUUAAUCAAACUUUUUUUAAGGAAGGAAACAAUACCUGCUUUUAUGGAGUUUGUAGGUAUUGUAAACGUGAGGAUGCAGUUUGUGCUGAAGGUGAUUUGCUUGAAGGUUCUAUAACUUUAUGGUUUCCAAAUUCUUGGCAGUUAAAGAGGGUCCGCCAUCCCUGGCAGAGGUCAUACAGCAGCGCACCUGCACCAUGGGAAGUGUACCGAGAUUUCUGCCAAAUCGUGAAGAGUGGGAAGAGCUACAGGGAUGAAUCUCGUCUCCUUGACUUGGUGGAGACUUCAGUUUUUGAUUUCUUGAUUGAUAAUGGAGACCGCCACCAUUACGAGUUAUUUUCAGUUGAUUACUCAUCUGUUCUUCUGAUUGACAAUGCUAAAAGUUUUGGGAAUCCUGAUGUUGACCACAUUGAUAUUCUUGCUCCUCUUUAUCAGUGUUGCAGAAUUCGAGAAAAAUUAGUGGCGAGACUUGUUGUUCUGAAGGAUGGUGCCUUGAGUUCAUGGUUAAAGAAGCUGUUGAAGAACCACAUACUAACUCCUGUAUUGUACGACAAGCAUUAUAAAGCUUUAAAUAGGAGACUGAGUAUUGUCUUAGCCGCCAUUUUUGUCUGUUUCCAAGACAACGGCCGGGAAGCUGUCUUAGUCUCUGAUGAUUGACUGUUAUUUUUUUUCCUAUUAGCGCUUUGAUCAAUUAUUCUUCAAAUCCUCCCAUAUCACAAUAAUUUAUUUUAUAUAGCUGUAGAUAAUUUAUUAUAAAAGUGCUCAAUAUUUUAUAUUUAGCUUUAUGAUAAGGAAAUUUAUAAAUUAGGGACCAAUGUGGGUAACUACCCUCGAGUAAAGUCUUAGAUGUUUAAUUUAUUUAUUUUUAUUGAAUUGUUUUCAGUCGGCAUUGCACUAUCAGAGUUUUCUUUGGAAUUCUUUAGGUGUAAUUAUUAUUCUUAGCUAUGAUUUUUAUGUUAUCAAUUUUUUUUUUGUCCUAGUGUGUUUCAUUAUGUCACUCAUUAAGUACAAUUACAAAGAUUCUAGAAAUAUUUUUAACAAUGGUUCUUCGUGACAGCUGUAUGAUUACAAAAUCCUGAU